UGAUCCCUUUCUCGCCCCGUAGUAGGCUACGUCAUGAGUGUAUUUGUUGACACGAAACACAUGGAAGCUCACUGAACAAAAUCAGACCAGGUCGGAAACUGAAAAAUGAUUGCAGUACAGAGAAUCCGCAUUUUCCACGGGGUCGUGAAUGUUGGCAGACUGAGAUGCAGAAGUCUGUCUGCUGCACGAUCUCUCACAAGUUGCCGCUCUCUGUACACAACGGCAUGGCUGGCCGCAUGCACUGCUCAACCACCAGAGAGGAACAUUAUCUUAAUGGGUCCACCGGGAGCGGGGAAGACGACUGUGGGCCGACUGCUUGCCCGAAGGCUGUGUAUGCCCGUCAUUGACAUUGACGAUGACGUCCUAGAGAAAGCAUGGCUCAUGCCUGUGGCAGAGAAACUCUCCCAGGUGGGUGGAAAGCGGUUCCUGGAGGAGGAGGGUGAGGCCGUGUGCAACUUCUCUGUCUCUGGGAGUGUGAUCUCACUGACUGGCUCCAACCCACUCCACACAGAGGCAAUGCAGCACCUGAAGAGGAAUGGGCUGAUGGUAUACCUGGAUGUGGACACAGACGACAUCAUCCAGAGGCUCACUAGAAUGAAAGUGAACAGAAUUGUGGGCCAGGAAGAUGGCACUUCCAUGAGGGACAUACUAAUGUACAGGAAACAGUUUUAUGAGAGGUGGUUGGACAGUAGGGUACUCUGUGGGAUAGGGGACACCAUAGCGGAAGUGGCUGAGAAAGUGCACAGAGCUUUGCACAGGUAUCAGGACUCGGAUUCAGAGACAUUCACCUCAACCAGGAGCAUUGUGUCAGGUGAGGGCAGAUCAGAGGUUGAACCCAAGUUCUUCAGUGACGUUGUUGUGGAGGGACUGGCUCCUGACGGGGGGCUUUACGUACCCAAGGGGCACUUUCCCAAACUGGAGCCCGGGCAAUGGCAGUGCCUGGCUAAGAUGGCUUACCCCGAUAGAGCCCGUGCCAUUCUGGAGCAGUGCAUCCACCCGUCAGACGUGUCCCCUCUGGAGCUCAAACGCAUGGUCCAGCGGGCCUACGGCGCCAACUUCUCCAGCGAGGCCAUCGCCCCAGUCAGACACCUUUUGCACAACCAGUACGUGCUGGAGCUCUUUCACGGCCCCACAGCGUCGUUCAAAGACCUGGCUCUGCAGCUCAUGCCCCAGCUGUUUGUCCACUGCCUACCCCAGAUGUGCAACUACCUCAUCUUGGUGGCCACAUCUGGCGACACCGGCAGCGCUGUGCUCAGUGGCUUCGGCAGUCUGGACGCCGUCGCCCGACAGAGGGUGGGCGUGUUGGUGUUCUUCCCAGAGCACGGCAUAAGUGAGAUCCAGAAGCUGCAAAUGACUGGCAUCAGAGAGGGUAACGCCAGGGCUGUCAGUGUCAUGAGGGACUUUGACUUCUGCCAGAGAGCCAUCAAGAGGAUGUUUGGGGAUGGCAGCAUGACGGGACACCUGGCUGUGGAGUACGCUACAGUCUUGAGCACGGCGAACUCCAUUAACUGGGCUCGGCUGCUGCCUCAGGUGGUAUACCAUGCCUCCGCUUACCUGGACCUGGUCCGGGACGGUGUGGUGGCAUUUGGGGACCCUGUUGAUGUUUGUAUUCCCACGGGGAACUUUGGCAAUGCCCAGUCAGCCCUUUACGCCAAACAAAUGGGCAUCCCCAUCAGGAAGGUCAUCUGCGCCUCCAAUCUCAACUGCGUUGUGGCAGAUUUCAUCAACACGGGCCGGUACGACCUCAGAGGCCGGAAACUCACGCUCUCCCAUUCACCGGCCAUCGACAUCCUGAAGUCUUCCAACCUGGAGAGGUUCAUCUAUCACAUCUCAGGUGGAGACAGUGGCCUGGUGAGAGACCUCUUCACCAGCCUGGAGAAACACCAGCACUUUGAGGUAUCUGCCGAGCUACGUCAGAAGAUAAAUCAAGAUGUCCGGGCAGGCUGGUGCUCUGAAGAGGAGUGCCUAGCCACCAUUCGAGAUGUGUAUUCCCAGACAGGCUACGUCAUGGACACGCAUACUGCUGUGGCUAAAGCGGUGGCCGACAGGCUUCAGGACCACUCCGUUCCCAUGGUCAUUUGCUCCACCGCUCAUUACGGCAAAUUUGCCCCAGCUGUGCUGACAGCCCUUCAGCAGGAGAGCAUCCCUGGAGAGCCCCUGGAGCAGCUGGACAGCCUCAGUUCAGCGGGGACCAUGCCACCGAUGCACAAUGCCCUGGUCCAGUGCCUGAGAGACAGCAGGAGCCAGCCUCACAGAGUGUGCCAGGCUGACUACCAUGUGCUGACAGAGGAAGUUGAGACCAUGAUACAAGAUUCAUUUCUGAAUGUUCAGUAAGCAUUUGGUAGAAUCUACCCACCAGAUGGCAGUAUGUGCCUAUCUCAAUUGAUUGUACAACUGGGAACAUGGGUUAUAAUUGACCAUUGAGUACUAUUAUGUAGAUUAUUAUUUAGGGCUGCUGAUAUAUUUAACAGCAUUACUUAAGUCAGUGAGUAUGAGCCACAUUUCAGUGUGGUAGAUAAAAAUAGAACCAUUUCUUACUUGCCUUGCAACGGACGCUCAGAGACCAUCCUCAGUGAUGAAGAAGUCGUGCUAAAAAAAGGUGGAAUUAGCUUUCAUAAAAAGUGAAAUUUUACUAAAAGUGCAUGUAUGCUAUUUAUAAAGCUUUAAUAGUCACCAGAAAAAAAAACUGCCCAGAACCAGCAGCUACCUCACUAUGGAAGUCAAACCUUGUCCUUGUUGAAGGCUUUAAAAAUGAAUCACUAGAUGGCAGUAGUGUACUACCAGAGGACCCAUGCCUGCUUCAAUCGUUCAGGGGUGCGUUUCUCUAAAGCGUCCUUGUCUAACCACCGUCGCAGUCUUCAACGAUCAAUCGCAAACAUGAUGUCAAAGUUGGGUGGUUUGAACUAUUGCUCGGGACCAGUCGUUUGAAGGGUCGUUCGUGGAUAUUUGCUGGCAACGUUUUAAUUGCGUAAGUUUGACAAGUGGCCUACCGUACCUACCUGAACACCCACCAACUGAGAAAUUCUCUUAUCAUAAAAUGAAUACUCAUUCGUCUUGUGAGGCAUUAAAAUAACUACAAACAGCUUAUCUGUGAGAAAUAACAUUGGGAGAUGUAGAGCCUACCAAAAGGGGAACACCAGGAUUUUAAUUGUUUGUUUUGAGAUAAAAAAGUAAGUCAGCCAAUAACCUGUCACUGGAUCUCCUUACCACGGAGCCACUGACCUGGGCAUGUGCAGGUAGCUGAUAGUAAUUACAGCCUGUCACAGCCUAAGUUAGUUAUUCAUUCUCAACAAUUAUUAAGUAUGAAGCUGCUCUAAUAAAGGUGUACGACUAAUUCUUACCCGCUAAAUGGUGCAUUACGUCAUUCAUAACGUUGUUGAUACUAUGCUGGUAUGACGACUGGAAUGGAGAUCUGCGACGUAGGCUAGCUACUACAGUUUCGAGAAGCAAGUGUGUAGUGGUGUGUAGGUCGGUAUAUCAGCCAAAGAUGCGUCAAUACCCCCGUGGUUCAUCAAGUCGUUAUUGGAGAAACACACCCCAGCCCGGUUUCACAGCACAAGGGCUGAUGAUGUAGCCCAGUUACGUUGACAUCAAUGGAAGUGUAUCUUAUGGUUUGUUACUGUAAAUUGCAUGCUUCACAAAUGAUCAAACUGUGAAUCACAUAACUGACUGAAAGCAGACACAUAAUGUCUAGGUUGUCUGUUCAUGUUUAUUGUCAUAUGUCUGUUUAUUAACCAUGCACUUAUGUGAUUUUCAUGUACUUAUAAUUUAAUUUCAUACAGCACAUUGGUCUAGUUGAUAACUGCAACUCUCCCAAGACACAUCAGUGGAUGUCUACCCACAAUAGUCAGAAUAAUAAUUUCUAAAGCUGAUCCAAGUUAACAAACUAUGGUAUUAGGCUACUAUCAACAUGUUUGUGGAUUAAUAAUCCACACAAGAAAGUAGCACCAAACAUGAUACAAUCAUUUAGAAAGUGGGUGAUCAUAAGUGAUAUCAUGGAAUCAAAAACACUGGUUUAGGAUGAUAAAAUAACCUUUAUUUUGACAUUUUCCUCCAUGCCACUUCCUCUUGUUUUAAACAUCUAAAGGUUUCUUUGACCAAAUAAAAGUCCCUUUGUUACUUGGAAUUAAACUGAUACCCCUCCAUCACUGGUAAUGGUCCCAUGGAUUUGUUUUUCAUCAUCCAGCAUAGUAAAGUUCAUAACAAACAUGGCUGAUUGAAUUGCCCCCAUCAGAUACCCACGAAACAGGAGAACAAAAGAUUAUAAUGUCCAAAAUGCUUUAUGUACAGAUAACACUCAAGUAUUAAGAGACUAAAAUGAUAUUGGAGUCACAUUUAUACAUCAAGCCAGGACGAGACUCUGCGCUCUCACCACAAUACUACCGUAAAUGAUGUGUCAAUCUGUGAGGGACAUUCAAGCGGUCAAAUAAUACUAUGCAGGAAUGCUACUAUUCCUUAGAAAAUAGUUUUCUGAUUGCAGAUGAUCUGCCAACAUGCACAAUGACUGCAACGGCAUUCAGAGAGAUCUGUAAAUGAAAGGGGAAAACAAAAGAACGUGUGCCUCAAAAACUUUCACACAAUGGAAAAGUUACAAUAGCAAACUCUUUGUACAUCAUACAGUGCUGUGUAAAAGUUUCAGAUGGAUCAGUGGUAUAUGUGGUUCUGAGAGAGUGUUCAGACUUUGGCCAGUAAUGUGUAAAGAAUACAGAACCUAAACAGGUGUAUAUGUAACUAUAAGUGCCUAUGCCUUGUGGAUCCCAUACAUCACUUUUGUAGCAUCUGAAUGCAUGUUUAUAAUAAUAAAGAUCAUCCAUGUAAAUGUA